AUGGCAACCACAACCACCACAUCCCCCCAAGCGCACAACGCUCCCACAUUCCCUACCCUCGCCACCACCACCACCACCACAGACAGCAGCAGCAGCAGCAACAACAACAACAGCGCUAGACUGCCCCCCAUGCGACGCAUAUCCUCCAGCGCCAAGGAGCGCCUAUCCGUCUAUUCCAACGUCUCACAGAACCGAUCGCGCCCUGUUUCCCACGUCUUCCCGCUUUUCCACUCCAGUCUGUCGUACGCUCUAGUACGUGAUUUUGCGUAUGCGCCCAUCCAUCCGCUGCAUUAUGGCCCGCUGCCCGUUCCGUCCAGGGCUUCUACGCCUGCCAGCGAGGGUAGACGACUGUCUGAUCCGCAGGCGGGUGCGUGGGGGGAAGCGACGCGGAAUUCGAAUUCGUGGGCCUCUUCAAACAAUAGCAUUGGUACAUCUGCAGCUGAAACAUAUGGGAAUCAGCAGCAGCUCCCCGCCGUGUCAUUCGGCGAUGGGGGUCCGCCUUAUAGUGAGGAUGAGGAUCUGCAUAGUCCCAUAAUCACAGCCCGCUAUCGCAAGCACAAGUCCGUGCAUACAUUUGGCGGAGAUCGCGGAAGAAGUCCCGGCGAUGGCACUGAUGGUAGACAUGGAGCUGGAGGUGAUGGUAAUGGUAGUGGUAGUGGUAGUGGUAGUGGUAGUGGUAGAUGGACCGAGGAGACCGACCGUGGCACCCUGGUGGCUGUCAACGGAGACGGAAGCGAAACGUACUAUGUCCAAGGCGACCAGGAUGGAAGUGAUGGCCCUGGCGGUGAAUAUAUUACAUACCCGGCUGGUGAAAGCAGAUACUCCCAAUACGCUUAUUCCUAUGGGCAUGGGAAUGGUGCAUUAGCAGACGGAACCCAGGGAUUACUAUUAUCGCCCUCCAAUGCCAGCGGAGACUACGGGUACGAGGAUGAGUAUUCGGACAGAUAUUCGCGCGACUACCAUUUCUCGAUUGGGUCGCCGGAUGAGGAAAUGCAUGGCAAAGCCGUUGCAUUGUUUGAUUUUACGCGCGAGCACGAGAAUGAACUCCCACUGAAAGAAGGACAGGUCAUCCUGGUGUCGUACCGGCAUGGCCAGGGAUGGUUGGUUGCUGAGGAUCCGAGGACGGGCGAAUCAGGGCUUGUGCCAGAGGAAUUUGUACGGCUGGUGCGUGAUAUUGAGGGGGGGCUGAGCUCUCUGAAUGGAGAGCUUAGUGCUGUUGUGCUUGAUGGGAAUGAACAGCAGUUCACUGCUGCGUCGACGGCAGACCUACCCGGAGAAGAGCAACAAACAGCAGCAACAACAACAACAACAGCAGCAGCAGCAGCAAACGGAAACACGCAAGACGACAAGCAUCUUCCUGGUACAUCCAAUACGUCGACAGGCGAAAAGACAACUGAGAACGGGGGAUGA